AUGUGGCUUAUCCUGCUAUUAACUACAAUCAUCCUAGCAGUUUAUCUCGUGCGAAGAAGAUACUCCUAUUGGAAGCGCGCUGGAGUUCCCUACAUCAAGGGACGAUUCCCGCUGGGAAGUGUCGGGAACAUCGGAACUCGUAUUCAUUCGUCUCAGCUGCUGGCGCAAUUCUACCAAAAAUUGAAAGGAUCCCAUCCCUUCGCUGGCAUUUUCUAUUUUCUACAACCCGUAGCUCUUGCACUGGAUUUGGAGUUCGUGAAAAAUGUCCUAGUGCGUGAUUUUCAGUCCUUCCACGAUCGCGGACUCUACUAUAACGAACAGGACGAUCCCCUUUCCAGUCAUCUGUUCAACAUAGAAGGAACAAAGUGGACAACCCUGCGCAGGAAGUUGGUGCCGACGUUUUCCUCCGGGAAGCUCAAAAUGAUGUGCCCGACGGUUGUCAGCGUUGCCGAUCGCUUCAAAGCAUGCAUCGAAAAAUGCAUCGCAAAACAGGAGGAUAUCGAGAUGCGAGAACUUCUGGCACGGUUUACCACCGAUGUGAUCGGGAGUUGUGCGUUUGGCAUAGAAUGUAACAGUUUGGAGAAUCCCGAGGAUGAAUUUAGGAAGAUGGGUGAAAAGGUGUUUAACGUUUCUCCCUUUGCCAUUCUUGCGUUCUUCUUUCUCUCCACAUUCAAGGAUUUUGCAAGGAGGUGUCGCAUCACAAUAACUGAUUCCGAAGUAGCGACUUUCUUUUCGACGAUCGUCCAAAAAACGAUCAGCUAUCGAGAGAAGAAUAAUGUUCAAAGAAAUGACUUUAUGAAUCUGCUGAUGCAACUUAUGAAGAAGGGGGAUCUUGAUGGGUCGGAAGAGAACGCUGUAAAGCUUACGCUGGAUGAGGUGGUGGCACAAUCGUACGUGUUCUUCCUGGGAGGAUUCGAGACGUCGAGAACAACUAUGUCCUACUGCCUGUACGAGCUGUCUUUGAACGAGAAGGCUCAAUGCCUGGCGCGGGACUGUAUUCGAAGUGCUGUGGCCAAGCAUGGUGGAUUGAACUAUGAGUCGUUGAUGGAUAUGCCUUACCUGGAGCAGUGCAUAAAUGAGUCCCUGAGAAAGUAUCCUCCCAUAUCGAAUGCACUCAGAAGCACAACCAAGGACUACAUUGUUCCGGGUUCGGGCGUAACACUGAAAAGAGGCACGGAUGUCAUUGUACCGAUCUACGCCAUUCACCAUGAUCCCGAGUACUACCCGGAUCCGGAGCAGUUCGAUCCAGAUCGAUUCAGCCCGGCAGAGUGUGCCAAGAGGAAACCGUUCACCUUUAUGCCAUUCGGUGAAGGGCCCCGAAUGUGUGUGGCUUCGCGGUUCGGAAUGAUGGAAACCAAGAUUGGCCUGGCAGCGAUGUUGAUGGGCUUCAAAUUUUCCAAGUGUUCAAAAUCGAGCUUCCCGCUGAAGAUUUCACCCAACCAUCUGAUGCUGACGCCAGCGGGAGGCCUGUGGCUGAAAGUGGAACAGUUGGAGGAGGAGGUGACCAUGUUGGGAUUUUCCGAUUCAAUCAAAAUGGGAAAAUCGAAACCAGAACGGCUCGUAAUGUAA